AAGGAAAAAUAAUUUUUAUGAGAAUUCAAAUGUAGUUAAAAAAAUAAAUGUAUAGUCAGCGAUGAGGCAGCAAGCCACCUACUAUUUCUACGGAAUUGGCGCAGUAUGCAAAAAUCAAAUGAUUCAAUUUUUGUUAUCUUAAUUAGUUUUCAAAGUUGUUGGGUUCCAUUCCAAACAAGAUUCUCCAACCCCCAUUCCAUUACUUAAAUCUAUUACCUAUCUUUCACUAACCUACUCAACAACAAAUAAAUUUCCCAAAUUCAACAUUUUUUUUCACUAUAAAUCCCUAAAAGUGGAUUAUGUUUUAAUUCCUAAAAGGGGAAAUAAUGGGUAGUGUUGGAUUGUUGAAGAAUUCCGCCAUGGUUUGUGCUCCAUUAAUGGCGACAUCAGUGGAUCAAUUAAUUGAUGAAAUGGUUGAGGCUAAAUCACAAGGUGCAGAUUGUGUUGAGAUUAGGCUUGAUGCUAUCCACAAUUUCCAACCUCACAAACAUCUUCAACUUCUCUUCAAAAAUAAGCCACUCCCUAUUCUCAUUCUUUACAGGCCAAUAUGGGAAAGAAAUGACUUUGAAGCUGAUGCCCACAAACAAUUGGAAGCCCUUCGGUUGGCUAAAGAAUUGGGAGCUGAUUAUGUUGAGUUGGACCUCAAGAUAGCUAGUGAGUUUGCAAAAAAUGAAAAGUCGAGUUGGAGUAGUGGUUGUAAACUAAUUACAUCAUGCUUCGUGGACAAUGUGACCUCAAAAGAAGACCUCAGCCAAGUUGUUGCAUCCAUGCAAUCUACUGGGGCAGAUAUCCUCAAAAUUGUUAUAAAUGCAAAUGACAUUACAGAACUAGAGAAAACGUUUCACUUGCUUUCACAUUGCCAGGUGCCGCUUAUCGCCUACUCUGUUGGGGAAAGAGGUCUCAUAAGUCAGCUGUUGGGCCCAAAAUUCGGUAGUGUCCUAUUAUAUGGAUCUCUUGAUGGUAAUGCAGUGCCUGGUCUUCCUUCUCUUGCCAGCCUUAGACAAGCCUACGGAGUUGAUUUGAUGGAUAAUGAUACUAAAGUUUUUGGGCUCAUUUCUAAACCAGUGGGUCAUAGUAAAGGACCUAUUUUGCAUAAUCCAACGUUUAGACAUGUGGGUUAUAAUGGAAUUUAUGUUCCAAUGUUUGUGGAUGAUCUUAAGGAGUUCUUUAGGGUCUACUCAAGUCCCGACUUUGCUGGUUUCAGUGUUGGAAUUCCAUACAAGGAAGCAGUGGUGAGCUUUUGUGAUGAAGUCGAUCCAUUGGCUGAGUCCAUAGGGGCUGUAAAUACCAUCAUACGGAGGCCUUGCGAUGGGAAGUUAAUUGGUUACAACACAGAUUGUGAGGCUUCUAUAACAGCCAUCGAGGAUGCUUUGAAAGCAAAUGGAGAAGCUUUAGUUCCUUGUUCACUCGCUAGGAAAAUGUUUGUGUUGGUGGGUGCUGGAGGUGCAGGAAGAGCUCUUGCAUUCGGAGCCAAGAGCAGGGGAGCUCGAAUUGUGAUUUUUGACAUUGAUUUUGAUAGAGCAAAAGCUCUUGCUGCCGCAGUUAGUGGUGAAGCUCUGCCAUUUGAAAAAUUAGCUUCUUUUCAGCCAGAGAAAGGUGCAAUCCUUGCGAAUGCAACACCUAUAGGAAUGCAUCCAAAUAAAGAUAGGAUACCUGUGCCUGAGGGAAGCUUAAAGGAUUAUGUAGUGGUGUUUGAUGCUGUAUAUACACCACGAAGGACUACUCUACUGGAAGAUGCGGAGGCUGCUGGAGCACUCAUUGUAAGUGGAGUUGAAAUGUUUCUUAGACAGGCUAUAGGACAGUUCAACCUUUUCACAGGAAGUAAAGCACCAGAAGAAUUCAUGCGUGACAUCGUUAUGUCAAAAUUCUAAUCAUCAACAAUUUCAAUUAAAUUUGUGAAACGCCAACAAGGCUGGCAAAAAUUGCAUAUUUUUUAUUCAUGACACAAAAUCUUGUUAGUAUUUUCUUGGAUAGCAAAAACUAUUGUUGUAAUUCAACAAUUUGUGCAAAUUUGAUUCAUUUUAAACAAACCAUCUUAAUUUUUAUUU